GGAAGAAGAUUUGACAAGGAUGAAGAAGCUUCCUCUUGUCAUUUCUAACGCCAUUUCUACUUCCAUUUCUGUACUUGGACAGGUCGGAGCAUUGACAUCUGCACUUAUCUUCCGCGUCUUACCAUCUUCCCAUCAUCAAGCCAAUCAUCUAUUAUCUAGGCCUCUCUACCAAGUAUCCUAGUAACUAACCUGCCUGUUAACUUAACAUACCAUCUCCAUGCUUCCGUUACCCAUCACUCCGUUUGUUUGGAAAGCCAAUCGUCGUUAUUCUUCUUCCGCCAUUCCCUGUUCUGUUAUGCACUCUUCCAAUAGCAUAUGACGAGGCCUAGACGCCAAUCAAUGCCUACCAUACCGAUACUAUGCCCAAUCCGCCUCACUUGUGUCCAGUGCCCCCCCUUGGCGCAUCUUACAUUACUAUGUAGUAGGAACUACAUGGACACUGCACAAUGGACGAACUCGGCGGGGUAGACGAGGGUCAGUACGUCGUAUUAUAUCUACCUCGUCCCCCCCACGAUCUCGUCUCGGCUCCGACCUUUUUAGACCCUAUUCUUUUUACGGAUUCUUCAAUCCAUAUCAGCAGUUACUAGCUACUAACCAACACUUGAAUGGGUAUAGAGGACCAACUUGUUGUCGAGGAGUCGACUGAACCUCCUAUAUGUGGCCACGCCCAUGCCGUACACGAUUCUUUGCCUGGGCACAACGACCAGGGCACAUCAACUACAACUACCGCUGCCAUUCCUCCUACCACUAGCAGUGUAACUGGUUCACCAAACCCAGCUCCUAGUGAGAAGGCCGCCUCGUCUCUCGCAGAUGAAGGCUAUAUUGAGCCACACACCCUAACAGUUGAGGAUCUAGAGCAGCGUCUCAAGACCGACGUUCAAAAUGGCCUCGACGGUGGUGAGGCAGCUCGUCGCCUACAGGAAGAUGGACCAAACAAAGUUGAGGGAGCUCAAGGGCUAUCCAUGUGGAAGAUUCUCCUAAGACAGGUCUCCAACAGCUUAACUAUGGUCCUCAUCCUCGUUAUGGCUCUCUCAUUCGCCAUUAACGACUACAUCGAAGGUGGUGUUAUUGCCGCCGUCAUCUUACUCAACAUUGUUGUAGGCUUCGUCCAAGAUUACCGCGCAGAACAGACCAUCCAAUCUCUCUACGCACUAUCUGCCCCGACAUGCAAGAUUAUGCGUUCGGGGCAGAUAACCACUAUCAGGGCUGAAUCGCUAGUAAAAGGCGAUGUCGUUCUCCUUAACGUCGGUGACAUUGUUCCGGCAGAUCUUCGAUUUGUCGACGGACUAAACUUGUCUACCGAUGAAGCUUUGCUUACUGGAGAGUCGCUACCCAUCAGCAAACAUCCAUCUAUUAUCCUAAACGAGGUCGAGGUUCCUCUUGGUGAUCGUGUCAACAUGCUAUAUUCCGCGAGUACUAUCACUCGUGGGCGAGGCAAGGGCAUCGUUGUUGCCACGGGAAUGAAAACCGAAGUGGGAAAGAUUGCUCAACUACUGCGAGCAAAUCCCAACUCAAGUGAAGAUUUGUCCCUAAUGGGGGCAUACUGGAAGCGCUUCAAGGCUAAUACGCGCAGCAUUCUUGGAUUGGAGGGCACACCCCUUCAAGUCAAGUUGAGCAAGUUUGCUUUAGUCCUUUUCGCCCUUGCAAUUCUACUCGCCGUCAUCGUAUUCUCUGCUAGUCUCUGGAACAUUGACGACGAGGUUCUCAUCUACGGUAUAUGUGUGGGCGUUGCGGUCAUUCCUGAGUCUCUCAUUGCUGUCCUAACCAUUAGUAUGGCGGUUGGGACGAAGGCUAUGGCGAAAGGCAACGUAAUCGUGAGAAAUCUUUCAGCUCUAGAGGCCGUUGGAGGAGUAACCAAUAUCUGCUCCGACAAAACGGGUACCUUGACGCAAGGAAAAAUGAUCACGAGGAAAGUCUGGCUCAAGAACGGGUCCGCCGCUACCGUCGAAGCUUCCACUCAUCCCUUCGACCCCUCCAGCGGCGUUGUCACUUGGAACGAUGAGCCAUCUAAGCCCCAAGACUCCAUAACGUGCAUCUCUCGACUACCACCUUAUGCAAAGAAAUUUGUUGAGUGUUUAUCACUUUGCAACAAUGCUACGGUGACAGAUGGGAAAUCGGCACCGACUGACGACGCCGCCGAAACAUCAACCACUUCUACGGUUACGGCCUCUAACUGGACUGCUGUGGGUGAGCCUACCGAGAUUGCUCUCCAAGUCUUCGCAAUGCGUUUUGGCAUGAGCAGGACCUCGGUGUCUCAGACUAACGAUUUACAUCUAAUGGCGGAGCAUCCCUUUGACUCUUCAUUCAAGCGUAUGACUGUCGUAUAUGCAUCUCGAAGCUCUAGCGAGGCUGAUGUUUAUACCAAGGGCGCGCUGGAAGCUGUGCUUCCAUUGGUAGAUGCAUCCGACGAAGAAAAAGCCGAAUUCAUCGCCAAGGCCGAGUCGAUUGCUGCUGAAGGCCUCCGAGUACUCUGUGUUGCCCACAAAACCGUUAAGAAUGAAGUUGGUCUCAGAGAUGUCCGUGAAGCUGCUGAAAGUCACCUGACACUUUUAGGUCUUGCUGGCCUAUACGAUCCUCCUAGACUUGAGACGGCGGACGCGGUAAAAAGGUGUAAGAUUGCGGGUAUAUCUGUCCACAUGCUUACUGGCGAUCAUAUCAAGACAGCAACAGCAAUUGCACGUGAAGUCGGCAUCCUCGGAAAUGACCUCACUACUGCUGAGGCAGCCAAUGCCACCAUGCCUGCGGCUGUCUUCGAUGCCCUGACUGACUCUGAGGUUGACCAGUUGGAGAAACUCCCACUGGUAUUAGCUCGCUGUAGCCCGUCAACGAAAGUGCGCAUGGUCGAAGCAAUGCAUCGCCGUAAAGCAUUUUGCGUUAUGACUGGGGACGGUGUCAACGAUUCGCCUGCCUUGAAAAAGGCAGAUGUUGGCAUCGCCAUGGGUCUCAAUGGCAGUGAUGUAGCCAAGGAGGCUGCCGACAUGGUUCUCACUGACGACAACUUUGCUUCCAUUGUAACUGCCGUCGAAGAAGGAAGACGUCUGUUUGAUAAUAUUCAAAAGUUUUUACUUCAUCUUCUGGUCUCCAAUAUUGCUCAGGUAAUUCUCCUGCUUAUUGGUCUCGCGUUCAAGGAUGAUGAAAAUAAAUCGAUAUUUCCGCUAUCACCCAUCGAAAUUUUAUGGGCAAACUUGAUCACAUCAUCCUUCUUAGCCCUUGGCCUGGGCCUAGAGGAGGCUCAACCAGACAUCAUGCUACGGCCACCACAUGACCUCAGUAUUGGUAUCUUCACGAAAGAGAUUAUCAUUGACAAGAUGGCGUAUGGCUUCUUCAUGGGCGGUCUGUGUAUUGCCGCGUUUACCUCGGUCAUAUAUACGCCCAUGGAAGAUAUCUACGAUGAGCCACUAAUCUACAGUACGUUAGGGUACAAUUGCAACGAAGAGUACAAUCCAUCCUGCAGUAAUGUUUUCCGGGCUCGAGCUACAACGUAUGCCACCCUCAGCUUCCUCUUACUCGUCACGGCAUGGGAGGUCAAGCACUUCACUCGCUCCCUUUUCAACAUGUAUCCAGAAAUGUACACCGGUCCUUUCUCAGUGUUCAAAACGGUCUGGCGAAACAAGUUCCUCUUUGGGGCAGUGCUUGGUGGCUUCGUUAUCACAUUUCCAGUCAUAUACCUACCCGUCAUCAACAAGAUCGUAUUCAAACACGAAGCUAUCGGUAUAGAGUGGGCUGUGGUAGGCGCAUGUGUUAUAGUGUACAUUGCCCUAGUGGAGACGUGGAAGGCUGGGAAGCGGCGAUUUGGUAAAGGUACCAUCGUCCAUGGUCAAGUUGCUGCUAGCAGUGCUUAGGCGCCAUACAUAGGUAUCUACUUAGGUAGGUAGUAACUAUAUGAGUGCUUCUUAGGAGUUCCUCCGAAGCAGUCAUGAGUUUGCCAGUGGUCGGAUUUGGUCAGAUCCAAGGAAGUCUGGAAUAGGCAAAUAAAAAAGGAGGGCAUGGAUCUUCUUGUUGUUUUCUUCGUUUCCCAGUCUUCACUCAAGUUAUCACGUUAAGUGCGGGAGAUUGCGGUGGAAUUUUCCCUGGUACAAAACAGGAUGUAUUCGUUUAACAGUUGCAGUUUGGGGUGUUGGAUACUUCACAUAUGAACCAACUAAGUACCGCAUGAUGGUUACAAGUUUAGGUGUCGAGGAGCCAUUACUAUCAUUAACAUCCAUAGCUAUACGAUAUACUUAGCAAAUAUUAACUAUAUUCAUUCCUUAUACAUAGACAAUUAGUAUGAUUGUUGGUUGUGGUAUGGAAAUCGUGAGACCGUUUUUGUUCACGAACUAAGCUUUUAG